CGGCUCGGCUCAGCAAGGCUCGGCUCAGCUGAGCGCGGCUCGAAGCGCUCCCGCCCCGCCUUCCGCGGGCGGCCCCCGGACGGGGCGGCACCGCCCGAGCCGCUGCGGAGCCGGGGCCGGAGCUGGGAACGGGACCGCGACCGGGGCAGCGGCGGAGAGAGGUUAUCGGGAGCAUUUAACCAGGCUCACCUCCUAACUUGCUGUUUACACUGGAGAGGCGUAUUGACAUGAAAACGAUGGCGGCCAUCAGGAAGAAGCUGGUGAUUGUGGGAGAUGGUGCCUGUGGAAAGACGUGUCUGCUGAUUGUGUUUAGCAAGGACCAAUUCCCUGAGGUCUAUGUACCGACUGUGUUUGAGAACUACAUUGCUGACAUAGAGGUAGAUGGGAAGCAGGUGGAGCUGGCCCUGUGGGACACGGCGGGACAGGAGGACUAUGACAGGCUGCGUCCCCUCUCGUACCCGGACACAGACGUUAUCCUCAUGUGCUUUUCUAUUGACAGCCCAGAUAGCCUCGAGAACAUCCCUGAGAAGUGGACACCAGAGGUGAAGCAUUUCUGCCCCAACGUGCCUAUCAUCCUGGUGGGGAACAAGAAGGACCUGCGGAACGAUGAGCACACGCGGCGGGAGCUGGCCAAGAUGAAGCAGGAGCCGGUGAAGCCCGAGGAGGGCAGGGACAUGGCCAACAGGAUCAAUGCCUUUGGCUACCUUGAGUGCUCGGCCAAGACGAAGGAGGGCGUGCGGGAGGUCUUUGAGAUGGCCACCCGUGCGGGUCUGCAGGUCCGGAAGAACAAGAAGCGCCGGGGCUGCCCGCUGCUGUGAGCAGCCCAGCAGGCCAGCAGGCAGCUGCCUGCACCUGCUGCCUGCACCUGCUGCCUGUGCCGGCGGGGAGGGAGCACUGGCAGACAGCCGACGUGGGACCUUGUGGUGCCAGUAUCUGCCCCCAACCCUCCACACGAGAACUGCCACCCGAGCCUGUGGGUGUCCCUGUGUCACCCCAGCGCUGUGAGAGGCCGGUGCCUUCAGUCCCCGCUGCUCACUGUGGGCCGGGUGUUUGUGUAGCUCUCCAUGUCACCCCAUUUUGUACCGAUCUCCCUGUUUUUGCCUCUCCCGUGGGGAUUGCUGCGGUGUUUGCUCUCCCUCUCCAGCUCCGGGCAGGUGCUGCAGAAGCAGGAGGUGCCGCUGGCUGCUGCCCACCGCUCAUGUGCAGGGUCUGCUGCACCCUCGGGUGCUCUGCCCGCUCCCCUUGGCCGUGUGGGCACACGCCAGCUUUUUAUACAGACUUGCCCAGGGCCAUUUCCAGCCCUGUCUGUGUGCAGAACUGCUCUGCUCUCGGGACCCACACUGGGGCAGCACCUCUGCCCAGCUCCGCCAGUUACGCCUUCUCCCAGUCUGUGUUGGUCAUGGACUUUGCACCGGUAAACUGAACUGCCUAACUGGGAGAAUAAAUGCAAACUGGGAUUUCAGUAAUUGUAA